AUGGGAAAAGGUGGAUCUCUGAGUGAUGGGGUGGUGAAGAAGAUUGUGCUCUCCUACACCUACGUGGCCAUAUGGAUCUUCCUCAGCUUCACCGUCAUCGUCUACAACAAGUACAUCCUCGACAAGAAGAUGUACAACUGGCCCUUCCCCAUUUCCCUCACCAUGAUCCACAUGUCUUUCUGCGCCACCCUCGCCAUCCUCCUCGUACGCGUCUUCCGCCUCGUUGAGCCAGUUUCAAUGUCACGCGAGAUUUACCUCUCCUCGGUCGUCCCCAUCGGCGCCCUCUACUCCCUCUCCCUCUGGCUCUCCAACUCCGCCUACAUCUAUCUCUCCGUCUCCUUCAUCCAGAUGUUGAAGGCACUCAUGCCCGUCGCCGUUUACUCCAUCGGAGUCCUCCUCCGGAAAGAGUCCUACAAAAACGACACCAUGCUCAACAUGCUCUCCAUCUCCCUCGGUGUCGGCGUCGCCGCAUACGGCGAGGCGCGCUUCGACACCUGGGGCGUCCUCCUCCAGCUGGGCGCCGUCGCCUUCGAGGCCACGCGCCUCGUUAUGAUCCAAAUCCUGCUCACCUCCAAGGGGAUCUCGCUCAACCCCAUCACCUCGCUCUACUACGUCGCCCCCUGCUGCCUCGUCUUCCUCUCCGUCCCCUGGAUCUUCGUCGAGUACCCUGUCCUCCGAGAGACCUCCACCUUCCAGUUCGAUUUCGUCAUCUUCGGGACCAACUCCCUCUGCGCCUUCGCCCUCAACCUCGCCGUGUUUCUCCUCGUCGGGAAGACCUCCGCGCUCACGAUGAACGUCGCCGGCGUGGUCAAGGACUGGCUCCUGAUUGCCUUCUCGUGGUCGGUUAUUAAGGACACUGUGACGCCGAUUAAUUUGUUCGGGUACGGGCUCGCGUUCCUUGGCGUGGCGUAUUACAACCACUCCAAGUUGCAGGCGCUGAAGGCCAAGGAGGCGCAGAAGAAGACCGCGCAGGCCGAUGAGGAGGAAGGGAGAUUGCUCGAGGACAGAGAUGCCGACGGAAUGGGCAAGAGAAACGACCAGCAGAAUUAA